AUGCGUCGUCUUCUACCUUUUCUACUGCUUCCACUGGUAUUAUGCCAGAUUACUCCAGUCCCAAAAAUGGAUAUUACUCCGAUUCCGAUUGAUAAGACGGAUCCGAAUGUCAAAGAAUUUCAACGAAUCGACUCUAACAAGGAUGGACAACUCACGUUCACCGAGUUCUUAUUGUCAGACCGCCCGUUUCUAGAGCAUCAAUCGAGGCGAUUCCAUGGAUUUGAUGGGAAUGGUGAUGGUGUCGUAACUAAGAAAGAGUUCGAGGAUUACUUCAAGAAGCUUGAGAAACAUAAGAGAAGAAGUGACAUGUUCUUCAAUAAAUUUAACCGCGACCGCCGUGAUCCCUUUCAGGCGUCAUUCUUUGAUUCGUUCCCGAAGAAUCCGCAAGGUGAAGAGGGUUCUCGUGAACUCUCCGGACCCCUUCAUAACCCAUCAAUGGUCCUUCUUUGA